UGCUCGCCGCCAGAGCAGUCUUCGACAGUAAUCGCGCGGUGGCAGUCGUGCUCAGCUGAUCAACGUUCAAACGGAACAGUGAAGUAGUGCGUAUCGCGUUUGACGCUCCGCUCGGGUCUCGAGAGUUUCAUCACACGACUAAAAGUGAAUGAUAAGUUGUUGUUGUGUGGAAAAGUUUGCGGUGCCAAGUGCUUUAUUAAACGGCGGUCCUGUUGAUAAUUAGAGUAAAUUAGUAUAGUUAGCCACAGAAAUCACUUUUUUGUUAUUGCAUGUUCAUCUAAGUGCCGAGUAGGCAAGUGCAAGUGAAGAUAAAAUGGAUGUUUUUUGGUGGAGAAAGGAGCCGGAGCCACCACCGCCGCCGCCGCCAAGCGCGAUGCAAAAUCGUGUGAUUGACUUUGUGGCGGGCUCAUUGGGUGGCGCCGCACAGGUAUAUGUCUCACAACCGCUGGACACAGUUAAAGUGAAGCAGCAAACCUUCCCCUUCCUAUACAAGAACAUGUUUGAGUGUUUUGUGAACACUUAUAAGAAGGAUGGCAUAUUUCAUGGCCUGUACGCGGGCAGCAUACCGGCCGUUAUAGCUAAUGUCGCCGAGAAUUCUGUGCUUUUUGCGGCUUAUGGCGGUUGUCAGUCCUUCGUGGGAUAUCUUGUGGGUAAAGAGCACCACAGUGAACUGAAUACAACGGAGAAUGCAUUUGCUGGCUUCUUUGCGGCGUUCUUUUCGACAUUUACGCUGUGUCCCACCGAGUUGGUGAAGUGUAAAUUGCAGGCGAUACGUGAGUCAUCGGAAUGUUGCCCUGGCAUACCGGCGAACGAGCAUAUGACGCCUUGGAAAUUAACAAAAAUCAUCUACAAAGCAGAGGGUCUACCGGGCUUUUUCCGCGGCCUCACGUCGACUUUUAUGCGCGAAAUGCCGGGCUACUUUUUCUUCUUCGGCAGUUAUGAGUUAACGCGUGACCUACUCACCAAACCCGGUCAAACAAAGGACGAAAUUGGUCCACUUAGAACCAUGUUUGCUGGCGCAGUUGGCGGUGUUAUGCUGUGGACAAUGAUUUUCCCCGCCGAUGUCAUCAAGAGUCGCAUACAAGUGCAGAAUUUAGAUCACGGCAUGUUAACGGUGGGCGUCGAUAUUGUGCGCAAGGAGGGCGUAUUAGCACUCUACAAUGGGCUGUUGCCGUCCGUGUUACGCACGAUACCCGCAACAGCGACACUCUUCGUAGUUUAUGAAUAUACGAAGAAGUUGUUGCACGAUAGAUUCGAUCCGAAGAGCGUGCCGACGGAGAAGAAAAAAUAGUUUUUUUUUUGUUUUCAAUAUUUGUUUCUUUUACAUUGUGUUCCUUAGGUAUAUAAUUUGGCUAACUAUUAUUAUUAGUAGAUAGAUGUUUUUGUACAUUUACUGUUACAAAUUUAUUGUAUUGGCUAAUUUUCGUUUUAAAAAUUGUUGACGAUCCAUGGGGGUCUCUAGUGUGCGCCACUCGUGCCAAUAUAUCUGCAAAUAAUUAAGUAGAUGUAAGAAAUAUUGAUUGUUAAUUUUAAGUCAAACAACAACAAUUUAGUAUAAUAACUGUUUUGCAAAGCGUGGAAAAUAAAUGAAUGUGCAUUUAAA